AUGGCGGAUGAGGCCACCAACAGUGUCGGCCGGGCACUCGAGGCCAUCAAAAUUGCCCGUCUCCAGCAUCCAGACGACAUGCUGCUUGAAUGCUUCCUACAAGAUGCGGCUGAACCUCAAGAAGCUGCGUACUACCUGCUCCAGCAAUCUUAUGUUGAUGGAAAUCGCUAUGAUUUCAGACCUUUUUUGUCUGAUUGGAAAGAGUUGAUUGGAUCUUUUGUAUUUGAAGAUCCACCAAAGGAGCUUCCUGACUCCAAUAUCAUCGCCGACGUCAUCAGAAGAGAUGGUGGAAAGUGUUGUAUCACCGGAAUAGAUGGAUCACUCUUCGAUCCCCUCGUCGUCGCUCCGAUUCUGCAGAUGAAGAGGCCAAUCAAAGAAUAUUACACUACUGUGAACAAUAUUGGAGGCCCAGCGUGGCCUUCCAUUCUUGAAAAGAUGGCACCUGUUCUCCGAUGGACUCUUGUUGCUCGAGAAAUUGCGGGAAAGUUGUCACGCCCGACGAGCAAGAGAGGGUCUUCGAAAUUCUUCUACCGCCUGUCAGAGAAUGUUGCUAUGACCGUGGCUACAGCAUGGCGCCUGAUGCCAACUCGCCUGCGAACAAAGGCAUACCGAGGCUUGAGGCUACUGGGUAACCGGCUAUAUGGUUCAACCUGCAGCUCAAGCGUUCAGCAGCUUCCGUUUGGCAUGUACCUCAAAACGUUGUGCGGCGACCACCACCAGGGACUAGCUAACGAGUAUGGUGCCUUACAACUGGUGCGAGAGCAUACCCAAGUGCCGGUCCCUUGUCCUUUGGAUUUGGUUUCCGAUCGUACCACAUCUUACAUGUUGACGUCACAAAUUCCAGGCCAUCGCCUUGGGGUGUGCCUUGACGCACUCAGUGAUGACGAGUUGUGUGACUUGGUGUGCGACUUGCGGGAGUAUCUCCGAGAGCUCAGAGCAAUCCCAAAGCAGGUUCUACCCAACUAUGCUAUCACAAAUGCAAUUGGGAAGGCAUGCUACGACUAUCGAAUCAUUGCAAGCAUGAACCAGGAGGGGGAGCGGAACCGGGUUUUCGCUGGUCCGUUUCCUACCGAAGAUGACUUCAACAAGAUUCUUGAGGUCGCCUCACUGCCCAACGUGUCGCACCGCAGUGGACACAACAUCACUUUCACCCAUGGAGACCUGAACACGCGGAAUGUUCUGGUGUCUAACGGCAAGCUCUCGGGAAUUGUUGACUGGGAGAACUCUGGGUGGUUCCCGGAAUACUGGGACUAUACCAAGGCGCAUUAUGGCACGAAAAUGCGGAGGCGGUGGCUGCGAGCUAUCGACGAAGUUUUCGAAGACUUUGGGGAUUUUCAAAAGGAGUUGGCUAUCGAGGAAAAGCUCUGGGAGUACUGUUAUUAG